GGGGCAGUGAGGCGGUGCUGACAUGGCGGCCUGGGCACGGGCGGUGCGGGGGCUGUUGCUGGACAUCAGCGGGGUGCUGUACGACAGCGGCGGGGAGGGCGGCGGGGUGCCCAUCGCCGGCUCGGCCGAGGCGGUGCGGAGAAUCAAGGCGUCCGGCCUAAAGCUGCAGUUCUGCACUAACGAAACGCAAGCAACCCGAGAGAAAUUUGUGAAGAAGCUGCAGGGCCUGGGCUUUGACAUCUCUGUGGCUGAAGUCACCGCCCCAGCACCAGCAGCCUGCCGCCUUCUGAAGGAGCGUGGGCUGAGGCCACACCUGCUCGUGCACGAUGAUCUUGUCCCUGAAUUUGCUGACAUCGAUAAAACAAACCCAAACUGCGUGGUUAUCGGAGAUGCAGCAGAAAAUUUCUCCUACGCAAACCUUAAUGAAGCUUUCAGAGUUCUGAUUGGAUUGGAGAAGCCUGUUUUGAUCUCCCUUGGAAAAGGACGCUACUAUAAAGAAACUGAUGGUCUGAAACUUGAUGUUGGAGCAUAUAUGAAGGCAUUAGAGUAUGCUUGUGAUGUUGAAGCCGAAGUAGUGGGAAAACCAGCAAAAGCAUUCUUUGAGUCAGCCCUAGCAGAAAUGGGAGUUCCACCAGAGCAGGCCAUCAUGAUUGGAGAUGAUAUCGUGAGCGACGUCGGAGGCGCCCAGCAGUGCGGGAUGAGGGCUGUGCAGGUGCGGACAGGGAAGUACAGUUGCAUUCUGAGUGCCACCUGAGGAAGCUGAAGAGGAGGAUGUGUCAGUUUUGCCCUUUCAGUUUCCGCUCCCUCCCAACCUGUUUCAACAGCUGUCAGCAUACAUGUGAAACAUUUGCACUGCUACACAGCCUGCUCUCACAUGGGAAACUUGGCUGCACAACGUGUGCUGCUGUGGCGUUGCGGGUGGUUAUGUUCCUGAAGAAUGAAGGGAUCCAUCCUACUGUUUUCCUCAGCGACAGAGCAAACACCUUGUAUGAGCUGGUCACCCUCAUUACCUUUGCGAUGGGAUCUGGGCACUUUCAGCAUCACUCGUCCCAUACUACAGCAGGGUAGGAAGAUCACACGCCACAAGCAUCAUCGCUCUGCCUUGUAAAGACAGUUUAUGUGAGUGCAGAUGCCUGCACACGAAGGAGGUGAGCCUCCACCUGCAGCAACACAUCACUGGUACCGUGCUUCUCUGACAAAAGCAUGAUGGCUUAGAGGCUGGUUGUGGAUGCCCCAUCCUUGGAUGCAUUCAGCUCCAGAUUGGAUGGUGCCCUGGGCAGCCUGAUCUGGUAGGUGGUAACACUGCCCAUGGCAGAGGAGUUGGAACUGGAAGAUCUAAAGGUCCCUUCCAACCCAGGCCAUUCUGUGAUUGGAGGUAGGCUGUGGCUGCUGUGGCUCAGCCCUAUGUGCUGUAGGGCCAUUCUUCUCCAUCCCCUUCCCCAUCCCCACAAUCCCGGAUGCUGUCGGCUUCCAGCUCGCAUCUGAGGAGCCGUGUUUUUCACAGUGUGCACCUCCAGAGGACUGGAGCAAGGAACAGAAUGCAGCCGGAAGAUUACAGAGACCCAGAUAGAAUCCAACCCCUUUGUUCUGCUUUUACAAUUGCAGUUUAUCAAGGGUGGGAGCUGGAAGUAUUCUGCACCUCCGUGCAGACUGACUGAGCGCUGUGGAGCAGAGCAGCUGCAGCCACACUUCAAAAAGGGGUUCCUGGGCUGCAGAGCCCCUUAACCUGCUACAAACGGAGCUUUGUUUGGACUCCAACAGGCAUUUGCAGUUGAAUAACACGAGCCAUUCAGCUACACUAUUGGCUGCCUGGCACUGAAAUCGGGCCUAAAAAUAGGAGAAUGUCUGACCCUGAAGUGAAGAAUUUUCACUCUGAACCCAGCCUGGCACCCACCCAGGGUGACAUCAUCUGGAGGAGAAGCUGGAAAAGCUUUCAAAACGCUGCUUUCCACGAGGGAGCUCUAAAUGCUGGUGCAACUGAUAAUCAGGCAGCACAUCCGACGUGACUGUGACUCAAAGGAAGGAGGCAGUGGGAAGGAAAGGGCUGAAAACGGAGGGGGAGGGUGGAGACUGCGUGUCAGAGAAGCGUUUGGGAAGCUUCAUCUGUGUGUAUCACAAGGGAGGAUGAGAGGAGUAAAAAGAAGGGUUGUUCUCUGGACCAUUAACAGAAUCCCAGCAUGGCUGAGGUUGUUGGGGACCUCUGGGUCCGUCUCAUCCAAGCCCUGCUCAUGAAGGAGUCCGAGGUCCAUGCAAAAGAGGUCCACCCCCAUCCGCAGUGAUUCCCACUGCCUGUGGGAGCACUCUGCUUAGCACAGGGAUGUCUGAGACAGCCAGGUGCUGAGUGACCUCCCCUGAUUUCAGCACUGGGAUGUUCACAAGCAGCUUCACCCAGGCCAACUUGUAGGGAUUUCAGCAAAAUCUCUGGUGCAGCAGCAUCAAUGACCUCACUAUUGGUGUUCUAAAUCCUAAUUGCUUGAACACAGCUCCUCAUUUUUAUGUGCUACGUUUCUUGGUCCCCUUUAAAAAUGGCUAUAUAUAAGAGACGCAGUAGGCAGCUGUCCUCUGAAAGUCCCCAUCCUUUUGUGUCUGGAUUCUGCCAGGUGUUGGUGAGUGCACGCUGGAAUUUGUAGCUCUUUUCAGGUGGUGAGAGUUAAAUGUGAUGUUUAU